CGUAUCUCCUCCUGCGUGCAGUUGAACUCAUCACCAGACAUGAGCUUGUCACCGCCCACCCCCAGUUUGUGAUUUCUCCACCCCCACCUGACCACUUCACCACCUCCUUACACAUGCCCACAGCAUGACCUUGAGGUCAUCUGAAUCGACGAACCCCUCUGAAUCCGCGCCAGCACUCGAGCCGGCCUAUUGUUGCUCGCACUGCCCGAAGACUUACACGCGGCGUGACUAUCUGCAGCGGCACGAGCUGAAUCAUACACAGCCGCAAUCCGUGUGUCCUACGUGUGGCAAGGGGUUCGCACGGGGAGAUGUGCUCCGGCGGCACAUCGCGAGCUCCUGCAAGGCGCGGUCAUCCCGUGAGCGCUCUGGGACAGAGACCCACGCAAGAACCUACCUCAAGCGGCGGAGACAGCGGUCUGCUGAUAGCGUGACUGCCGAUGCCACGAAUCAUAUCCGGGAACGGAACCUUGGCCAACACUCCCCGCCUCGCGAGUUGGAUAUGCCACAUUCAGACAUGCGCCUGGACUCCUCGCAUCGUGGCCUCUACCUCUCCAGCAGUAGCGACUUCGAUGACGAAGGGCAUAUUGAAUCACCCACCUUCACCCUGCCAAUGUCUCCACCAUCUCUGGUGACUUCGCAGCGCACGGACGCCAUUGAUAUAGGCCGCUUGCCUCGUCGAGAAGAUGCAGCAUCGUAUGAUGUUCUGAGAGGUAACCGCUCUCUCGCGGGCACUCGCGUGGGCGCCCCAUUUGUUCUAUCCGAAAGAACAACGGACCAUUACGACCCAUGCACAUUUGGCCCACGGCCAGCGCUCGCUCACCUUUGUCAACCCGGCGGCGACAUUGACGCUGGGGCCGACGCCUUUGUGGUGGCCUCUCCACAGAUAGCUGAGGUACCCAUGGGCGCAGGUGAUCCCACCAACGCCAGCGGCAUGGACCACUUGUUCAACUGGCUAUUUAGCAUGACAAAUAUCGAGAACAUCUCUGCUUGGGAUGUGAGGACACCAUCAGCGGGUCCAGCGAGAUUGGAGGCUCCUCCACCGAAUAUGGCGCUGACAUGGCCUUCUCGGGAGGAAUCAUUCGCAAAUCGCCCCGUUUCGACGUCGAAUGUGGAGCCUGUACAAGUCGCCGAUACAACCUCGCACGAGGAAACACGCUCCUAUCCCGCGCGUGCGCCGCAUGCCGGCGGCCCACCCUUUCCUGCUUUUCCAGAGACGUGGGACAAGGCUGGCUGGCGACUGCCUCCCGAGAAAGAACUUAUCGACGAACAGGCUCGCUCAGAGAUGUGUGACCUGUUCGAUGGCCCCGAGCGGGACUACUUCGCCGCGCCGGCAUUCAGCAUCGCACAGAUGAAACUUUACCUCGAGAUGUACUUCCUCAACUUCGCUCCCUUAUACCCCAUCGUGCAUCGACCGUCACUCGGCUACCGCCGUCUGCCGCCUGACUUGCUCCUCACGAUGUUAUGCAUUGGUACAGCAUUCGCAGACGACCGCGCCGGCUUCAACAUUGCGAUGAAGCUCCACAAGCGAUUACGGAAUCGUGUUUGCGACAUGGCCGAAGCUGAACCCCGCGCUCCGCCUCAUACGAUCAUGACAAUUCUGCUCACAAACUACUUCUCGCGCUCGUACUGCAGCGUUAAGGAACAUGCGGUUGCACAGAUCUUUCACUCGUCCUCCAUCGUGAUGGCGCGCUUAGCCGGCUCGUUUCUCCCGACAUUUACGUCACACCCGAGCCCAGUCGCGACCAAUCCCCUCGAUCACUGGCUGGCAUGGGUGGAGCACGAAGAGCGCAAACGCGUCGGCUGGCUCGCCUUCAUGAUGGACACGGAGAACGCAGCCUUGUUCCGGCACUACCUGAUAGUGCACUUUUUCUCCGUCCAGAUUGACUGGCCUUGCCAGGACGACGUAUGGGCGGCGCCCGAUCCAUUCGCUUGGUCAGACGCGCAGCGAAGUACGGUGCAGCCAGUGUGCUUCCGUGCAGCGCUUCACGAGAUCGCCGCCCGUGGGACCGUCGCGCCCAACCUGUCCAAGACACACCUCUGGAUCAUGCUUCAUGGACUCGUCAGCGUAAGCUGGACACUUCUUUGGAGGGACCUCGGCGAUUUGAACAUGGUGCGCGAGACAAAGAUCCUACAUUGGAAAAGUCUCCUGUGUCGUGCGUUCGAAUCUCUGCGCGAACACAUUCGGCUGCCUGCACGGCAGAUGGAAGAUGACGAUAUGUCAAUCUCCUCGUCAGGGGUACCGCUAGCGCAUCUGGGUCGGAUCCUACUCCUCACGGACACAGAAGCGGUGAGGAUCUACGCCGGCGCUGGAAAUAUUGCUGGACGCCCUGUCCUGAGUGGUGAGUGGGUGAACGCUAGCACCUACGUUACGCAGUGGGCGCGCAGCGAAGACGGGACAUACAGCUGUGCGACAGCUAUCGAGCUCCUCACGCAGCUGUUCAAGUGGUCCCACGAAGUGCGGUUCCAGACCGCUCCAAGCCUAGUUCCGUGGUGUAUUUACAUUGCGUCUGUGGUGAUCUGGGCAUACUCGACUUCGCUCGAUGGGGGUGUCGUGUUUGACGAGCCCUACAUAAUCCGAACGUCGCCAGUGCCGGAAGACCCUGCCGUUGAAAGCAUCAAGAUUGAGCCAUCAUUGGCACGUCGCGGAGCUCUCGCGUACCUCUCGCGCGUGGAAAAUGACGUUGCCUACCUUUCUCACGUUGAAGGCAAGAAUCGCUGCGGUGGUUUGUUGGCAUACGCCGCACACUUGCUUGGUACGUUGGGUAGGGGCGUCAUGGACGAGUCGAAGAGUGUUUUAUUGGGCGUCCUGGCGCGGGGCCCAGAGCCGUUGUAUCGGUAGUAUGUUCCAUGACAUCGAACGCGUUCAGCCGUCCAAGUCCU